GGAAAAGAUUUAGAAAUAUAAACUAUGAGACAGAAAUCAGCAGGAAAGAUUAAGCUUGGUUUCUCUAGAUGGGAGCCGCUUUAGCUCUACUUAGAAGUCUGCCUGCAACGCCACAUAAUAUCCAUGUGACCAUGCAACAAGAACCAAGCUGUCACUCGGCUAAAAAUAAAACAAACAGUGUACGAACUUUCUGAGAAAGCCUCAGACUCUUUUAGCCAUUUAUCUUAAGUGUCUGGAGAUGUUUCCUUGAGAGAAUAUUUUCAUUUUUGGCAUCAAACCGUCCAUCUGUUUUCCAUACCUGCCUGUCCUUUGUAGGGACCUGGGUGUCUGUCUCCGGCGGUCACCGGUCAAUUACGGGGCAACACACAGCUACGCAUUGAGACACUCACACCAAGGAGUCAUUUGGAGUUACAAAAUUAAUGUAACGGUCAUGUUUUAUGACUGUGGGAAGAAGCCGGUGUACCCAGAGAGAACCCCAUGUUCACUGGGACAUUAUAAGCUUUAAGGUGAAUGCACAUGUUGGUAUCAUGAAGCUGUUGCUUUACUUAUUCUGCUGUGACAGACUCCAAUUGAUGUUACUGUUUUACUUUAACUAGACGCGAGCAGCAGCAUUCUGGAUCACCUGAUUGAUUUGAUUUAUUUAGGCAGACAUUGUUGCAGUAAUUAAGGUAAACGCGUGAAUGAGUUUCUCUAGGUCUUACUGCAACAUUAGAACAUUUUAUCCUGGAAAUGUUCUUCAGGUGAUAGAAGGCCGACUUUGUAACCGUCUUUAUGUGGCUCUGAAGGUUCAGAUCAGAGUCCGUCACUACUCCCAGGUUUCGGGCCUGAUCUCUGGUUUCCAGCUGUAGUAGCAGAAGCUGUGAGUUGACUCUAGAUUGUUCCUCUUUAGGUCCAAAGAUAACUUCAGUUUUGUUUUGGUUUCAGCUGGUUAAAGUUGUGAAACAUCCACUGAUUUGUUCUAAUGAUCUACUCCACAUGUGUCAAACUCAAGGCCCGAGGGCCAAAUCUGGCCCGCCAUAGCUUUUUAUGUGGCCCUUUAGACUCCAAAUUACAAGUCUGCAAAACUCACUCAAAGUUCACACAAAAUCUACAGAUUCCCACGUUUUCUUUCUGAUUUUUACUGCAAAUCUUUCUCAAAACUGGCCUAAAACAUCUGGUUUGAGUGACUGCUGCCUCAGCCUUACUUGAUGUGAAGUUAUAGUCCGUGAUCGAUACGACGAUCAAUAAAAAGUCACGUUUAACGUCACAAAUUGGUACAAAUAUCCUAAAGAUUCCAUACAAAUAUUUCACAAUUCGCACCACAAAAUCUGUGAUUUUGAUCACAAAAAAACAAACUAAAAAACCCACAAAAACAUUCACAAAAUCCUGGCUGGACUGAUCAGUGUGGAAAGAUUAUUUAAUUGUAAGAAAUCCUUACUGAAUGCUGAAACAAACAGGUAUUUGUUGAUACUUUAACAGUUGAAUUGGUUUUAUCAAUACAUUCUGGCACAAUCGGCCCAUUUAAGAACAUUCAGAUUUUUGAUAUGGAACAAAAUGACAAUGAGUUCGACACUCUUGAUCUAUUCGGACUGGUUCGGAGUUACUGCUAGCACUAUAAUGUGGAUCUGUAUCAUCUGUGUUGUCAUGGUAACUCAUCUUAUUUCCUGUGCACAGCCUGAGCCAGCAGGAGCACAUAGACGUUAAAUGACACUCUGUGCCACUUUGUGUCGGUGGAUAUAAAGACUUUCUCUAGGUCCAUAACUUUCUGUCUGGGUCGCCAUCCAGACAACAAUACCUGUGAUUGUUCAGUGUUGCUGAACUUAACGGAGGGCUGCCAUUGUCGUGGCUUUUGUUCUGUUGAACGUUUACCCAGAGGACUUUGAAGCAGCCAACAAAAGAUGGCCCAUAUACACGGUGGCGGAUGAAUGGCAAGGCAUCAUGUAAGCCGCGAAGAAAUCUACUGGCAUGCAUGAGAAGCGGGAUUUGCUUGAGCCUUAGAGUUCACCGCUGAGACAAGAGGAAUGAAAGUGACGGCCGUGGAGAUGCCUGCAUCCUGUUAUCAAAACUGACGCGCUGAAUUUACUGCAAAGUCGGGUUUCAUUGGGAAAACGAAGUAAAAAAAAAAGAAAAGGUCGUAUUUGGUGCCAGCAAUUAAGGUCCUUUUGUCUUUGUCACGUUUAUAAUUAGUUUUCCUUUUCUUUUUUUUUUGCCCCAUUCAGUGUAGCUUCACUGACCUGUUAAAUGAGGGCAGAGCGUUGCGGUGGGCUCGCGGACGGGGGGCAAAAUUAGACGAUUAUUUUUAACAGCUUCCCACAGAGGACAGCCCAGUGACGUGGGAGCACGCCGAGGCAGCGCUGCUCCUGGCACAACGUUUUGGUUUGUUUAUCCUCCAUCUCGCUUUCUUUCUUUCUUUGCCGGUUUGGAAAAGCGGUUUUUAGGCGGGAAGAUGCCGGAGGCGAAGGAACGGGAGAAACUGGCCGAGGCCAUCAGUCAGUGGAACAGCGACAGACUGGACUUGUUUGAGAUCAGCCAACCUGACGAGGACCUGGCGUUUCAUGGCGUGAUCCGCUUCUCCUUCAAGGAUCACAAAGAAGGAGGCAGCGUGGCCACAAAGUGCCUGCGGGUUUGCAGCAGCCUGACGACUCGCGAGGUCAUUGAGACGCUUUCAGAGAAGUUCAGGCCGGAUAUGAAAAUGCUGUCGACAAAAUAUUCUCUCUAUGAGAUCCACGCAGAUCAAGAACGUAAGUUGGACCUGGAUGAGAGACCUCUGGUCGUACAGUUGAGCUGGACCUCGGACAGCCGAGAAGGGCAGUUUGUGCUCAAAAAAGACCAGGAGAGAUUGGAGGAAAGUUAUUAUGAGAAAGAAAAAGAAGGCCUUCUUCAAACCAUCAAGAGGACACUGUCAAGAAAAGGGAAAAAGAAAGAGGAAAGCCGAGCCAGCGGAGCAGAGAGGGUGUCAGAGGGCGAGGACGGACCAGCUGAAGAUCUGCUGGACAACAGCGACCGCUCGUCCAGCCUUGAGCCUCUGAGACGUUGCGAAAAACACAAAAGAAAUCAGAUUCCUGAAGACUCUUCAGAUCAACCUGGAUUACCGGUUAGAGUAAAGAUCUGCGACGAUGCCGAGGAGCCCUUCCUGUCCGCAGUCAUAAAUUACACCAACAGCUCCACGGUUCACUUCAAGCUGUCCCCCGCUUACAUCCUCUACGCUGCGAGUCGCUUCGCCCUGCGGCGCCGGCGCAGCGGAGGCUCUCCGUCGUCUGCAAGCACGCACCCCGUAACGUCAAUCACAAACAAAAUAGCGACCAUGAUGGGAAAGGUCAUCCAGGCGAGUUCAAGGCACCGGGCCGUCGCCGGGGUUCUCGCCUUCUGGUUGGCCAAUUCCUCGGAGCUGCUGAACUUUCUGAGGAACGACAAAGACCUCGGCCCGUUCACGAAGCAAAGUCAGCUGGAUCUGUCCCACCAGGUGCACAACGCCUACAGAUUCAACAGAUUCAACGGACCUUACAAUGUCGUGACGUAUCUCGGUCUGACCGCAGAGAUGGUGUUGGACACCUUGAUGAACGCCAUGUCUCUUCUGCGCCGGUGCCGCGUCAGCCCGGCCCUCACCAUCCAGCUCUUCUCUCAGCUCUUCCACUUCAUCAGCGCUUGGCUGUUUAAUCAGCUCAUGGCGCCAGAGCCCGGCACGCCGGGCCUGCGCUCUCACUACUGGGGGGCCGCACUGCGUCAGAGGCUGACCCCCAUCGAGGCCUGGGCGGAGAGGCAGGGCCUGGAGCUGGCUGCCGACUGCCAUCUGGGACACAUAACGCAGGCGACCACGCUCCUGACAAUGAAUAAGUACUCGGCUUCGGACGCUAAGGACAUCCAGACUUCCUGUUUCAAGCUGAACUCGCUGCAGCUGCGCAUGUUGAUGGACGGGUACAUGUACGGACCCAGCGAGCCUCAGAUCCCCCCUGACUUGACGGAUGCCGUGGCGAAGGCUGCCAAGGCCUCGGCCGAUAGCCUGAUUCACAGCGACGGUGGCGCGCUCCGGCUGACGGAGAGCCUCGACCUGCUGCUGCCUUUCCUGCUGCCGCAGGGAGGAUACUCCUGUGAGACGCUGAGAGGAGUCCCUCAGGGGUUCAGAGAGUUUCUGGAGCCAAUCUGUCAGAAAGGUGGGAGAGACCUUGGAUUCAGACAGAGUUGGAUUGUAUUUUAUUCUGAACAUAUUAGUUGCGUCAUUCUCCGUCUCGCAGGUCUCUGCUGUUUGACAUCUGUGGCUGAUUCCCAAGGAGACUGGACGCUGCAUUUUACUGAAAACACACACACCGAUGGGGAUUUCUACUUGGCAGCGCACAGGCAGCCCGAGGUUGAGAAGGUCACUUUGCACAAGCCUCUGAACAGUGGGAUGGGAGUCAGUAUUGUGGCAGCCAAGGGAGCAGGUCAGAGUGACCUCGGCAUCUACGUCAAAUCUGUGGUCCGGGGAGGACCCGCCGAAAUGAGCGGUAAGCUGGCAGCUGGAGAUCAGCUGCUCAGUGUGGACGGUCACAGCCUGGUCGGACUCAGCCAAGACAGCGCAGCAGCCAUCAUGAUGCGCACCGGCCCCGUCGUCAGCUUACAGGUGGAGAAGUUUGCAGCGAUUUACCGAGGUCUCGGGAACCUACUGAACGAAUCGUCCCCGGAAAACGAAACAAGCAGCAGCCAUUUAAGACUGGACGGCGUUUCCACACUAUGCUGCGUUGUGGAUCUCAGCCCCUCGGAGAGAAACCACGGAGGCCGCAAGAGAAACAAAGACCAGAGGACGCAGAAAUACCGACAGCUUUACCGCUCCGACCCCAACGUGACCGCUGGCUUUUGCCCGGAGGACCAAGGUGAACUCUUUGACCCCGGCGUGAGAGGAAAUGGCUUUUCAUCCGUUUCCAGCGACAACCUUUGCGCCGAUACGCAUCCCAGAGUAUACCUGACGCUGCCGAACUCUAAGUCCCAGGACAAGAAUGAUUUUGAGCCGAAGCGGCCGACGCAACCGUUUACGAUGGCUGUGAAUCCUUCAAGUGAGCAGAGCGACGGCAGGAGAGGCUUCAUGCGUCACGCUGUGUCUCAGGAGAGCUUGUGCGCAGACGCUGGAGGCCCCCUGCUGGGCCAAAAGCAGAAUGCGCUCACACAGAGGAACCAGAGUUCCAGUCAGUCGACAAAUUUCUGCCGAUCUGUUGCUCUCCGCUCAAGCGUUUGUACACACUACGUCCCGUCCGACCGCAAACAGCCGCCCCGGAGUCCGGCCGGCGUCUGGAGGAACCCGUUUUCGCAGCAGGCCACGCCUACGCCGUCGGCCCAGCCGAUACGCAUCGACAUCCCCGUCGCCGUCUCCAGAGCAGGCGGCACGCAGUCAAAUCCUCCUCUCACCACUUUCCAGUCGAGCCCCUCUGUGCUGAACCGGCUCCGUAAAGCCAGUGAGCAGACAAAGAGCUCCCCAAGCCGAGCGUGUCCAUCAUCAGCGGCCAAGGCGCUGCUCCAGCCCUUGGUUCUCUGGCAGCAGCAGAGGUCAGAAAAACCCCGAUUGUGCAUCACUCCAACGAAGCCCGUUUCCUUCCAGGAGCCUCCGUCCGAGCGGAAGGGCUUGGGGCCGGACGGCCAGAGCGACCCCCAGGUCCUGCUGCGUGACCCCUGGAGGAGGGAGGCCCAGGAGGCCCAGGAGGUCCAGGAGGUGGUGGAGUGACUGGAGAGGGAGGCACGGCAGCUCCGAGCCAAGGAGCAACGGAGCGACGAGGAGGACAGGCUGCGGAGGCUGGACCUGGAGUGGAAGUUUCAGAAGAGGGUGCAGGAGAUUCAGCAGAGAGGAGAGGGAGAAGAGGAGGAGGAGGAAGAUCUGGACGUCAUGAUGAUCCUGCAGCAGCUGGACAGAACAUCAGAGAACAAGAUCGGAUCCGUUGGAAACAUCAACAGGAAACAAAACGAGGAGGAAAAGCACGGAGGGAAUCAGCAUUCCUACAAGCAAGAAGGAAAACCAGAUCAGAGAGAAAAUGGACUGAAAGCAGCGUCAGAUGAGAAGCCGGCGGAGAAAAUCAAGAUGGCGUCGGCUCCUGAGAAGCUCACAUUAAGGGAGCGUCGGCGUCUUUUCUCCCUGGCAACAAGCGCUUAAGUGAAGGUUCCUAGUUUUCUCAAAGACAACCUCUAAACAGAAUUUAAAAAAAUAAAUAACAUUUUCUUGUUGCAUUA